CUCAUGAUUCAUUUCAACACGACAACUCUAUUGUGAAACCUAGCUCACAGAUUUGCGAGUAAUUUCAAUUUAUUUAUUUUUUUAAUUUCAUUGCAUUUCAAAAAGCGUGUUUAAAUUUCAUAGUGUUAUUUCAAAUGAAGCCUGUUUUAUAUGUGUAGUGUGGUGAAGUGAAUAGAUUUGAUUGUUCCAUGACAAGUGUUUCAUCAAAAAAGGUGUAGGUUUUUACUGUAAAAAUGCUAUCGGAUUGAUGUGAAGGUACACUUAGGUGAACAUAAAUUAAUUUCUAUUAAAAGUAGUGUUUCUGAGGACAGAACAUUUUUAUUAACCAACAUGCUUAGUGUAAUUUAAAUACAAAUGAAAUAAAAUGAGUGUGCCGAGAAAAAAUGGAACUUUGAACCAAAAGGAGAUUAAGGGAGUUAAGGAUAGUCCGUGUUACUUCUGCAAUGAGCUGUUUGAAAUGGGAAAGCUUCAGAACCACCUGAAAGAAUGUGGGAGCAUCCUGGAGCAGUGCCCCUUGAGGUGUGGGGCCUGGAUUCAGAGGAAACAUCGAGACACCCACACCAAGGAUUGUCCACAGCUCGAGAAGAAUCGAAAAUCAUCGACAUAUGACAGCACGUGGAGCCCUGAGCCGCCCCACACGUGGGUGCCGCAGGCGCCGCAUUUAGACGACAGGAUCGGGAGGCUCGAAAAGGAAGUUGACGCUAUCAAACUUGCCCUAGCCGAAGAAUCGAGCCAACGCGACAUCCACCAGACGGAACUUCAAAACCUUCGCUCCAAGAUGGUGCUGAUGGAGGAACGGAGCCAGCACUUCCUGUCCACGCUGGUGUCCACCAGAGCCACCAUGGAUGAUGAGCAGGAGCGGACCAGCAACUGGGCAUCUCAGUUCAAACAUGACCUCGCUAAUGUACAAUUGGCUAUACAGGACCUACAAAACGAGCAACUGAACACAGCAAUGCGUCUGGAGAGUGCGACAAACCAACUGGUGAAUGAACAGCAUGAGAGGGAACUGCUGGAGCAGGCUCUGACACACCAUGACAAUAGGAUCAGAGCGGUAAAUAAACUUGAGGACGUGAUAAACUACAUACGGCAGACAGUGGAAGCGGAACGGGAGAGGAACCUGGAGAGCCGGGCGGUGCUGGAGGCGGAGCUGAUGGAAGCCAGGAGGUCUUCGCAGCAGCUCACCCAGCUCACUAUGGUCAGGGAACAGCUGCAGACCACGGAGAUAGAGAGACCGGCAUUGGAUCGCUUAGCGAUUCUCGAAGUGGCAACGGCAGACGCAAGAGCUGAAUCCCAGGAGCAUUCAGCCAAGAUGGACAUCAUCAUGCGCGACAUGAGAGCGCUGACCAAGUCCUACCACAAGCUGAGGAGCGAACUGGCCGACUUUCAGACCAGGGUCAGCUUUGAGAGGUUCGAGACUGGCAGUGAUGAUGGACAUUUCCUAUGGAGAAUAGACCAGUUCACAUCCAGGAUGAAAGACGCCAAGGAGAAGGACACAGUCAUCACCAGCCCGUACUUCCGAACCACCAAAUAUGGUUACACUGUCAAGGCAGAAGUGAACCUCAAUGGGAUAGGCAGAUGGAAAGGUCGCCACAUAACCUGCACGGUGCGACUGGUCGGCGGGUCGUACGACUCGCUGCUAGAGUGGCCUUGCGACCUCACCGUCAACAUCGCUUUGAAAGACCAACCCAACAAUAGGAGUCAGGCCAUGGAUAUAGUAAAAAGUCUGCAAGUCCGUCGGAAGACCUCCCCAAGCCAGGAUUAUGAAACCGAAGACGAGCGGACCAAAUCCACGGAAGCUUUGGACAAGAGCGUGGUCCAGCUGAAACGGCAGUACGUGUUCUUCCCCCACACUAGUCUGGACAAGUUGGAGUAUGUCAAGAAUGAUACAAUGUUUUUGGAGUUCACUGUACUGCAAUAAGACUUUUUAAACUGAUUUUUGUUGUGUUAUAUCAUGAAUAAUAUUAAAAGGCGACAUCUCUACGCCACAAAAACAAAAUCGCGCGACGCUUUCACUCAAAAACAACGAAAAGUCUACAUCGCGCAAGCAAAGAUUUCACUGAUUGGAGCAUAUACAUAUACAACCUCCGACACAACAUCGUCUGUCGCGCGGUUCCCCAGGCGUCACUCCAGCCUGGCGGAAGAUCUUCCCUUUGGUGGCGGUCGAGCCGAAUCAUCGCUCCCGCACAGUUUACACUAUACUGGAAUAUUUCACGUGCAAUAGUUUAUCAAACUGAACAACUUUUACUAUAGCACUAAUCACGAAACUGCGAAACAGUCAUCUGUUUCAUAUUUUGCGGUCAAAGACAAGUGUCUUACAAAAUUAAAAUAAUCUUGUGUACAUACAUACAUAUAGUCACGUCCAUAUCCCUUGCGGGAAAGACAGACCCAACAGUCUUGAAAAGAGUAAUAGGUCACGCUCGCCUGUUUGGCUUAAUGACAGAAUUGAAACUCAAAUUUGGUUGGAAAAAAAGGUUGCUAGCACAUCG